AUGCGGCGCCCCCCGACUGGCCCGCGCCUUGUCACUCACUCCUCACCAUGGUUGCAGCACAAAGCAACAAGCCCCGGAGGCCGCUUCCUCCCUGAGGAGCGGCUCUGGCUGCCGGAGAAGGCGCAGGAGGAGGAAGAGGCGGAGGAAGAGGAGGGGAAUCGCCGCUUCCCAAACACUCUCUCCGAGGGGGCUGUGCGCGGCUCGCGGCCCUGGGACGCCCGCCGCCGGGAGUCCGGACCUGGGCUGCCCGCGGCCCCUUUCCCCCUCCCCCGCCCCGCGCAGACCAGGAACAAAGUUGCCGAGAGCGACUGGGCCGGAGGGUGGCAGCCCCGGCCGGGUGCUCUGGCCGCGGCGGCGCCGGCGCCGGGGCAGCUCGGCUCCGGGCGCGCUGAUGGGGGGAGGCGGCGGCGGCGGAGCCCGCGGCGGCGGCCGGAGCAGCAGAGGCGGCGGCGGCGGCGGGGCGACCCGAGGGGAUGCAGCAGCAGUCGGGAGGGACGGCCGAGCCCCAUAGACGGAGACCAGGAGCGGCAGGGACGGCAGCCGAGGCGAUCGGGCUUCGCAGCGCCCGGACCUGAGCCAGUCGUCCCGCCAGCGGCCGCGGCGCCCAGUGCCCGAGGACUGGGGACGCGCGAGGUCCGACUGCUUCCCGGAGAGCCCGCCGGGGCCAGGAGGAGCCGCCACUGUCCCCCGAGUGGAGCCGCGGGGAGGCGUGUCGAGCCAGGGCCCGGAGGAAGCCGAGCGCGCCAGGAAGGCUUCCCGGGCCGAGCGGUGAGGAAGAAGAGGAGGAGGAAGGGGAGUUCCUGGCUGCCCAGCGCGCCGCGGGGAUCCUCCGGGACGCGGGGCGCGGGAGCUGCGCGCCGCCGGCGCCCUUCGCGCAGCCUCGCUCUCCCGCCGGGUCUCCUCGCGCCCGUCCCGCGCUCCGGGCCGCCGGGCCCAGCCGAGCCGCCCCCCGCUGCCCCGCCGCCGCCGCCGCCGCCGCCGCGGUUUGGCUUAUUAGCCUCAGGCGGGCGGAGCGCGCAGGGCGGAGGCAGCGGCUGCGCUGGGCCGGGAGGAGGCUGA